CUAAGUACUAGUGCCUUUACAGCCAAAUGCUCUACUCAAUAUGGUUAAGAAAUGGUGUGUGGUAAUGACACUGUUGACACUGAUGUUGCAGAGCAUCUAACUCCAAGCCUGUAGCUCUGUAACAACAAAUCAAAUUGCAUACACAGCUACUCCCUGUUAAGCAUUCCUUAAAUCUACCCCGUAGACCCAUGGGAUAUAAUAGCAAUGACUGUGUUGAGUGUUUACUUAAGUGACUCCGGCCCAAGAAUGAAGGAGCGGAAUAGGAAGGCACCACAAAUAACAUAUAUGUUUCUGCUGAAAUACGUGGAAAGACAAAAGACACUUCAUUAUCAUUACAUCCAGUGCUUGAAUCCGCAAAGCCAGAGCCUUCACGAUCCAAAAGAUGUGGCAUUGAAAUAUCCAAAUGAAUCAAGCUACUCAGCGAUGAAUUCUCAUUGCUAUUCAGAACAAGACAUGGAAUCUACACAGUUCCUUAAAGCCACUAAUUGA